AUUGCAAAUUGCCCGUACUAAUUUCCAAUUUAGGGUUUCUUCCCCCUCAUCAAUUAAUUUGUCGCUUUCUGCCGCACGGUGAUCUAUCACCGAUCCCACCUACGUUGAUUUCACUUUCAUUGAAAUAACAAUGUCCCAUGUUCCACUUUGAUCUAAUCCCGUCGCCGCUGGUUCACUCGCACCAUCAAAGCUGGAGUUUUGGGGAGCGAUGAUGAUGACGCCCUUCUGAGUGAAUGCAAUGAUGUAAUGUAAUCCGACGACUAUCGAUCUUUAACUGUGCCGUUGAUUAUCGACGCCAAUUGGGUUUUUACUACUCUUGCUACCGACGCCGGUACCCACCGACUGCGGACGGCGAAUUCCUUUUUCACGCGCCGUCAGGCGCCGCGCCCUUUCGUCGUCUCCGUUGGCGGCGCACCUCUGUUCUCGGAGAGGAGAGGAACCUGGAAGGGAUUCGGCUGAGAAUUGGAGGUCUUCGGACGCAUCCUUGGAAUGGAGCAUAAUUCUUGAGCAAUUAUCUCCUUCUGUGUUUGGAUUCCAUUGUCCCCCUGAGGAUUGGGAUUAGCUAGCAGAAAUCCAUGAUACUAUUGCCGUCGCCCUGCAGAUAUCUCCUGCAAGUCUUGUCUACUCGGGUUCAGAAUUUAGAGAAAGGAACUGAAUUAGAUUGCCAGUGGGUUGAAUUUGAUGAUGUUCGCUACCAUAUUCAGGCAACUUUGAAGAAUCCAAAUAUACUCCUAUUAUCUCUAUCACUUCCUGCACCUCCUCCAGAAACUGCGUUUUUUGGUGGACUUCCUCAGGGAGCUAUAGAAGCAAUCAAAGCAGCAUAUGGUGUGGUUCUACAGAUCCAGGAUCCUCCAAGGGAUGGUUUCAAUCUCACAGUGAAACUGAACUUAUCUAAACUUCCACAAAAUGAAGAACAUAAGCAAGGGCUUCUCUUAAAGAUUGCUUCUAUAAGAGAAGUGGUACAAGGUGCACCACUGAGAGCUGUUUUGAGACAACUUGUGCUAAGGAGUCUUAGGUCUGAAUCAAACAAGCUUAUUUCGCUUGCGCAUCGACCUAAUGAAUCAUUUUUUGUGGUUCCUCAGGCAGACAAGGUGACUGUGAUUUUCCCCAUGCGAUUCAAGGAUUCAGUAGAUACUGUUCUUGCUACUUCUUUCCUUCAGGAGUUUGUUGAAGCAAGACGAACUGCUGCACUAAGCAGUGCACCCCUUUGUUUCUGGUCGUCGUCUCCUCCUGAAGCAUUAGGAGCUUCUGCUAAAUCGUUAUCAGCAAAUGCUGGGUUUGUGAGCUUUGUGAUUUCCCCUCGUCAUGUGGAUGGCAAAAAAUUGGAUAGAACUGUUUGGAGUUUAUCAACAUUUCAUGCUUAUGUCAGCUACCAUGUCAAGUGCUCUGAGGGUUUCAUGCAUACAAGGAUGAGACGUCGAGUGGAGUCACUAAUACAGGCUCUCGAUCGUGCCAAACCGGAUUCAGAUCCCAACAAACAAACAGAACCAAGCAGGUCCUUCAAAAGACUGGGCAUUAAAGAUAGUAAAAGCAGUUUUGGUUCAAGAUGAGCAAUAGCAUAUUGUUGUUACCUUUUUUGUAUUUAUGGGUACAAAAGGUUCGUUUGAGGAGACCGUUGAUGAUUCAUUCUUGAUAAUGAGACCUACACAGUUUCCGGUGGAGUGUAUCAUAGUUGUCGUCUAGACUUGCCUUUGAUUCUUGGUUUGUAAUUUGACCCUAUUGAGUUGUUUUCAGGUUCUUGUUUGCUAUUUGAAGUUUUGAUUAAAUUCAUACAUAUACCUAUAGCUACAAAUGUCACCUCACAUAUUUGAGCAUCCUCACACAUUCAAUGACAUUUCUUUCCAGUGCCAUUUUAAA